UGAGAAGAUUGGUAAUAGUGCUGUAUCGGUCGUGCUGGCAAUACUGCGAGGAGUAACAGGGAAUAAGAUGAAAAUAAAUAAGAUCUGAUCAAAAGAUAUAAGUAAACACAAAGAAAAGGGAACGAAAAUUACAGAAGAGAAAGAAAGGAGGAAAUGGUCAAUCAAGGUGUGCCGAAACAAAGGUGGAACUCUCAGUAGUGAGGAGCGGAGACAGCGCAGUGUUUGUGUGUCCGUGUGUGUGUGUGUCAAGGGAAGUAAACACACACAGAGAAGUGACCAACCAUGUCUCACUGGUUUCAUAGGAACCCGCUGAAGGCCACUGCGGAGGUCAAAUUCGACCUGAAGAUGGUGGCUACAGACAGUCAAGCUCUUAAACUGUGCAGUGACCUAAAGCAAGCAAGAGCAAGAUUGCUUGAACUACUACCAAAUGCAAACCAUGAAAUUGAUGUGGUGGAGCCAGCCCUCACCUUGUACCUGUCCCUGCUGCGAGGCCUCAUUGAAGUGCCUGAGGGAGAGAACUCAGACUGGAGCAAGCUGAGGCAUGCACUACGCUACCGCUGGUCACACUCCAUGCUGGGCACCAAGGCUGAGGGUCAUUAUGAUGCAAUUUAUGAAUUGGUAUCAGUCCUGCAGAACACUGCCUUUUGGUAUAUGAAGCAUGCUUCCAAGAUUGCUGCUCAAGAAGAAGUGAGUAUGGAUGAAGCCAAGUUAGUUCAUCGCAGCCUGCGGCGUGGAGCUGGUCUGUUGAAAUAUGCCCAGGAUGAAUGGGUAAACAAGCUGCUGGAGUCUCCUGCACCAAUGAGUGAUUCUGAUCCCAGAGUGCACACAGCUUACCUCAAUCAGGCCACAGCUGAGGCUCAGGAAGUAACCAUUGCAAGAGCCAUUGAGUUAAAGCACAAUGCUGGACUCAUAUCUGCCCUUUCGAAUGAGACAUCAAGGAUGUUCACAACUGCUGCAGAUUCCAUUGCAUCAUUAGAUGAGAAGAUAUUUGGUCAUUGGACUCAGUACCUCCGACUGAAGGCUGCAUUUUAUGCUUCCUAUGCUUAUAACUAUUCAGGCCAGAACUUACUGAACCAAGACAAGUGUGGAGAUGCAAUCAGAGCUCUGCAGGAAGCAAAGAAAAAAUAUGAGGAAGCAGGCCAACAGUGCAAGGAGUAUUCCCACACUAAGGGUCCAGGAACACAGGCCAAACCUGAGAAGCAUCAGUUCUUCCGCCGCUUGGCACCCAUUGUGACCCGCACUCUGGAGAAGUGUGAGCGGGAGAAUGGCAUGAUCUACCAUCAGAAGAUUCCAUAUGAUCCACCUGAGCUGGAAAUAAAAGCCACUUAUGGUCUGGUGGCUCCUGAUGACUACACUCUUCCUCCCAUGGCUCCAUUAUGGACACCUGUCACCUACAGUGCAUUUGACUUGACAAAGAAUCUUUCAGAGGAUGACUCUUCAAAAUCUAAAACUGCCCAGAAGGUAGAAGGUGACCUCCCCGCAGUCAAAGAAACUGAAGUGCACCACACCUCGAAAGACCACAAAAACGACAGUGGUUGUUCCAUCAUGUAGUAUGUGCAGUUGGUGCAUGAUACGUCAGGUCAGUUAUCCCUUAAAUUUACAAGUGGGAAUUUACAUAUAAUGAACUGUGUAAUUGGAGAAAAUUCAUCAGUUCUCUUUAGUUGUCUAGAUCUUACGAAAAUGUAUAACAAAUUUGUUUUCCUUAUAUACAAAUAUGCAUGUGUUUGCAAAGUCACUAUUUUCAUACUCAGCCCUCUAACUUACUAGUCCUGGUGAUUACAGUGAUGAUUAUGUUAAAGUGUGGAUUGUCCAAUUAGUGUAUAGAUAGAUUUUCCACAUCAGAUAGAUAUGUUGUCUCCUUACUUAAUGUAGCCUGCAAAUAUGACGGAGGCUUUUAUAUAACGUUUAUCAUAUAAGUUACUUAAUACUUAUAUUUUGUUCAGUAUUCUUGGAAAUGUAUAUUUGUGAUGUGUGCUGUUCCUUGGAUGGAUUAAGUUUGUGAUCAGUUAUGGAUGGAUUCAUUUAGGGUUGCUUUUUUUCCAUCUGCCAGGAAUAUGCAUAUAUAUAUUAAGUGAUUUGUACAUUAUUGUGGUACAUUUGUUAUUUAUGGUGGCAGCCUGUGAAUCAUCUUAUGAUCCAUCAUUUUGGCAGUUACAAUUGGCUAUUGUAUUUGCUGGUGCAUAAGAAUUAUUAUUAUUAUUAUUAUUAUUAUUAUUAUUAUUAUUUAUUUAUUUAUUUUCAUUUAUUUAUAUAUUUCUAAUAAUAUAAAAAAAAUUUCCCCUCAUCUAAUGCAACCUAAUUAUCAAGUGAGAGAUUGGGCAUAGAGUGCAGAAUAUCUGGUGGUGUAUGGCUAAGGAGAUUGGAAGUCAUCUGUGUUGAGCUUUACAACACAUCAUAAAAACUGUUGUUAAUGAUAUUCAUAGUAACAUAUAAUACUGAAAAGAACAAGCUGGUAUGGUGGUGGUGGUAUUGCUGAAAGACAGCAUGAGUACCAAAUGUAGAGUUACCAAUGCAGGAGCUGCAUCUGCAGUUAAGCUGGUCAGCUAAUGGUUUGUUCAUCAAGAAAUGCAACUGUGAUUGUGUUAUUUCCAGUUGUUUAAAAAUUAUUUUCACAUUUUAUUAAUACUAAAUCUUGUUUUGUUUUGUUUUUUUCCAGGAAUUACUAAAUUAUAUUUUUUAACUCUUAAUCAAAGACUUAUUAGAAUCUAUAAAAUUUAUUUAUUAACAAUUUUCUUUAUGAGAAAAUUUGUGAAAAAAUGCUUUGUGGAAGCAAGACGAAGAUAAAAAGCUUUCCAUUUUCAUGCAGAAGACUAGGUAAAUUAAGUUUUUAUUUUUUAGUAAUAUAUAAUAUAAAAGAAAAAUAUGGCUGGGCAUGGUAUUACAAGAAAAAUAACACAUGUAUACAGUUUGUAUUUUGUUACUGUAAUUUGAAAAAUGAUGAAUGUGUAAACAAACAAUACACUAAUAUAGUUGCCAACUAGGUAAGCAGAGUUGAACUAGCUGCUCUGAUUAAAAAUAGCAUUGAUGAGCUUACAGUAUUCCCUAAGUAUUUUUGCUGCAAAUAUUCCACAGAGCUCAAACAUAUGGCAGUAAAACAACAAAGGCAUACCUAUAAAAUUAAAUCUGAGCUAAAUGUAAAUAACAAAAUAUUGUCGAGUUCUCAUAUAAAUUUCAUUAAUAAAGAAAUAUAUCAUUCUAUGGGGCAUCCUGCAAUGAAAUAAGACUGAGUUUGACUACUUUACAUUAUUUUCUUUAUAUUCAUUUAGUAGGAUAUUUUAAAAUUUCAACCUAUGACAGGAAGAUAAUCAAUAAGUUUAUGAUGAAACAAUACCCUUUUCCUUGCAAUUGCUCUCAAAAUAAAUGUAAAAUAGGUGUGCAUCUUAUGCAGAGGUCCAUCUUUUCCAUUGCUAAAUAUGGUAACAAAUAAGCAUCAUUCUCCUCACAUAUGAACUUCAAAAUAGUCUACUGGUUAUCCAAUGUUGUACUUUUAGUUUUGGCCUUUUUUUAAUUGAUUGGAUUCAUGUAACCUCUUACACUACUUAGAAAAUACUGUUCUCAUCUUGAUGAAUUACAGCAUUUAAAAAGGUAAACUUAUGGUCACACUGAUCAUAGAUAUUGCUGUGUUGAGCCCUUUUUGCCAUUUUGUUAUGGCUGGUGCCAUUCCUUAAAGUGUCAUCCCUUUCAUCCAUGCUGAUCACCAUGCACAUCAGAACAACUGGCUAUUGUCUGCUGGUUUAGGACUUAUAAUAAUAGUGGUUUGGUGGUUACUAUGUGCAAUAUUGGGCCAUAGUAGUUCUUGGUGCCUAGCAUUCUUCAAGAGGAAAGGUAUAACCUCUGUUGACCAAUUAAUAUUACUGCCACAGUUUGUAAUUUGCAGUAAUGUUUCCGCUGCUUUUCUGUCACCCAGCCAUCAUGUUUGUUUUUCCUCAGGAAGCAAAACUUAAUGAAAGUUGUAUAGUUAUUUCUUGGUUGUAAUGUAAUUCAUUAAUAUUUUGAGUGAUUUAUGACUUCAGUUUCGUAUAAAUUUUAUGCAUAUCUAUAUUUGUUUGAGAAAAUGAUAAACCAUUGACUCUUAAUGUUUUCAUCUCCCACUGGUUAGCACCCAGAGAAUAUUGAUCCAGAGCAAGGGUGCCAAGUCUAGGCUAGUCUUUAAAUAAAUAAAUAAAAUCCCAGCCAUGCUGCCUGGCUCAGCAAUAGAAGUAGCAAUGACAGCUAGUGUGAAAGUUGUUGACUUUGAUUCUGGGACAUUAAGAUGUGUCAGCACAACUAUCCAUUGAACAUUGUUUAUUACUAAAAAAAAAUCCCUCUUAUCUGAGCUCUCUGGGACAACAGCUGUCUUAUUAUGUGCUCUGGAUGUUCUCUUCCGAGAUAGUUGGUUGUUGCACAGCUACUCAGAGACAUACAGUACUGCAUCAAGUUUGGCACCUAAUUGAGACUAGGAAAAGUAACAUCAAAGUUGAUAUCACCAAAAUUGAUGUAUCAACUUAAUGGGAGAUUAGUUAAUGAGGAGUUGAUCCAUAAGAAAACACAUACUCAUCCUUGUGUAAUAUAACUAGAAAAUAUAAUGAAAUAUACUCAAAUAUAGUACUAUAUAUUACAAGUAUUAUUUUUACACGUGUAACAAAUGUACUCCCUUCAUUCAAACAUGAAACUCACCAGAAAGUUUAGUGUGAAGGACUUAAUAGAUAGUAGGGGUAUCCAAGACUGGGUAUGGUUAGUGGGUUCCACUAUUACCUCCAAGACUGUCUGCUUUUCACUGCUCACCACUAUCAUCAUAACCUGUUUCUGUUUGCACUAUUUAAUGUAGUACAUCCACUUGUUGAGACAUCUAACCUGAAGCUUGCCCCUCUUGCUCCUCCACUAACUGAGAAUUCACCAAUGAGCAUGCAUAAGGUUCACCAAAGACAGUUUCCAUGUUCAAAAGAACCUUUAGCUUGGAGUGGAACAUCCUUUUUCAUAGCCUCUUGGGGCCUCAUUUGUUGAUAAGUUAUCAAAGCCUGUUGAACUUACUGAUUUAUUGGGUUGAACACAUCACCAAGGAAGCUGAUCAAUAUUUUUAACAAUGUCUUUGUAGUUGAAAGUGAGAGGUUCAGUUUUGUGCAACUUAAUUGCACUGUACUGGCUGGCUGGUGCUAACAUUGCAGUUGUUGCAUUGGUAGUGGCUGUGAGAUUCAAAGGUGUGUGUUUAUUGCUGUGUAAUUUUUCCAACAAAAGUCAAAUCAUGACAAUAUUUUAAAGGUUUCACAAAGUUGUGAUUAACCAAACUUGGUACAGUACUGUACAUAUUGCUCGACUGAUUGAUUGUCAAUAAAUGGGCAUGUCUGAUGAUUGAACAUCAUUCAUGUUUUUAAUGAUUAUAACCUAUUGAGUGUUAUGGUAGAAAUAAUUAUAGUGUUGCUUCCAGAUAUAUAUAACUUGGCCAUUAUUGGCAACUUAGAAUAUGUAACUUAAUAUAUCUAAAUUAUUCAUGUAGCUGAGAAGAUUCUUCAAUUUUAAAAAGUUGUCAUUGACUUAUUUUUUUGCUUUAUGGUGGCAUAUGUAGGGCAUAUAUAGUAUCAUAAUUGUACACUGGAAGUUAUAUCUUAGCUAGACAUGAAAGUGUCACUGGUAGGCAACAUUUAGUGUAAACCAUUUGAUGCCUUAUUAAAGCUUGCUAGCAGUUUCAAUGAAUUUUGUCACUCAUUACCACUAGCAGUGAGAAUUGGUGAACUUAGUGUUUGGUAGAAAAGAAAAGUUUUGUUAUGAGGUUUUUUUUAUAAAGACAUCACUUCUGUGACUCACUACUUCUGGAAACUGUCCUCUUUAUUUUUAGGAAUUGUUUGCUACAGUAAAAUCCCUCUCAUCCGGCAGCUUCAAGUAUCCGGCACAUUUUUCCCCGAGCCUUAAAAUCAAUAAAAAAUCAAUGUGUACUCAUAAAAUUGAUUAAAAUUCCUGCGCGAGACAUACUUUGUCCCCUUGCCACCAGAGCGCACUGCUUCGCGCCACCCGCAGCCCACUGCACUGUGUUUAUUCAGUGACUCAGUCCCGCGUGUGCACUGUUUAUCGCCUGACGCCUUCAUCAUACCUAAAGUUGUAGAAAAGAGGAAGCGUGUUGUGCUUACACUUAAGCAGCUGAUCAGAUCAGCUGAUCUUUGUUAUGGUAAGAUGCGUGAGUGUAGGGUGGUGAUUGUGGACAUAAUUUCACUUCUAUUCAAGUAUCCGGCAUGUCGGCGGUCCCGUUGAUGCCGGAUAAGAGGGAUUUUACUGUAAUACCUUGAUGACCAUUUUAGGCUGUAAGUAUUUUCAUUACUUACCUUGGCCUUUAAUGAUGUUUCUCCUUUCAUCUAUUCAUGUUUUCAUCACAUUGCAAUACUUAGACUGAUUGUGUCUAUUGGAGUAUGUAGUCAUUCAUCCAAAAUAAUGCAUAAUUGUUCAUAUUUUGUUAGUUUAUUUCAUAGCAAAUUCUAUAUAUUUUCAAAUGUUAAGAUGAAGUGUAGAGUGAUUUACAAAUGUAUUUUAUGUAUCAUUAAAUAUAUUGUUUUAAGAUGAUUAUGCCAAAGAAUUUUCCUUACUUCAAGAGGAAGUUCCUAUGAAGAUGACACUCAAGUAACACUACUCUGCAGGUCCAAGGACUUAUUUAAACUAGAAGCAAUGUACCUACAAGAAUACUGUGUGGCACAUUGUUUCUUAUAUAUUGUAUGUAUUAUUAUGUUAUUUUACCAUAUUCCAUAUUCAUUUAAAAAAAUACCUCUGUGUUGAUUACAUUUCUAUUCUGAAAAUAGUACAUCAUUUAACAUGUACAAGGAUUUAUUAAUACCAUAGAUGCCAUAAAGGUAGAUGAACAUAGAACAUUAUUAUUUUUUGUAUUAUAUGAUUAGUUAUCUUUCUUACCUUCAGUGUGAAUUUCAUGGAUCAUAUAUAUAUAUAUAUAUAUAUAUAUAUAUAUAUAUAUAUAUAUAUAUAUAUAUAUAUAUACACACAGUGGGACCUCAGCUACCAAACGUCUCCCUUUCUGAACAACUCAGUUUUCGAACAAAAAUUUUAACUCAUAAUUGCUUUGGUUGCUGUACCAUAAAUCAGUUUUCAAACAAAGUUACUUGAUUUCAAAUAAUACAAGACAUAGCAAAAAUCUGCCAUUUAUUACAAAUCUUUAAUUUCUAUAAAUAUUUUCUUCAUUUUUAUAGAUUUGGAGGAGAGACACAAAGGGUAAGACAGUAAAUCAAUCUUUGAAAUAAAUUAAAUGUGAUCCUAUUGAAGAAGUUGAAGAUUCUCGAUGUAAACAAACAAGGUUUGGUGCUCAGGAGUAAUCCCAAGCCUCUUGUUGCUCUCUUUAUGAACCACAGCGCCAUCACUACUGCAUAACUGCAUUUUCCCAGUAGCUUUUCCCAGCAACAAGAUGUCUAAGUGUUAUGAUCACCUUCAUUUUGGCAAUGAGUGGGUUGCUUCUCUUUGUGUCACUCUGUAAGGCUUUCCUCACUUGAUUGGUGGCAAAGAAAAUGCCUCAACAGUAUCUUUUGAUGAGUUCUGUGUCACUAAGUUCAUUCAAUACAUCCUUUCUGGAUGAAAAAUUUCUAAGCUGGAUAUGUUGUGGAGCAGCCAUCUUACCAGUGGGACUGUCAGUCAUUACCCGCUAAGACAUGGCGGACAAGUGUCUGAGAACGGAUUAAUCUAUUUUACAUUGAUUCCUAUGGGAAAAAUAGUUUUGGUUUUCAAACAUUUCAGAUUUAGAACACCAUUUCAGGAAUGAAUUAAAUUUGGAAACCGAAGUAACAAUAUAUACAAUAUAUAUAUAUAUAUAUAUAUAUAUAUAUAUAUAUAUAUAUAUAUAUAUAUAUAUAUAUAUAUAUAUAUAUAUAUAUAUAUAUAUAUAUAUAUAUAUAUAUAUAUAUUUUACCUAUGAUGAUGAUAAUGAUAAUAAUAGUAUAGGGAUCUAUAUACCAAGUGUGAAAGGUGUUAAUAGAGGCAAAGCACUUAAAUGAACAAGAAGAGAAUGUUUGGAUAGGUAGAGGUGGAAGCUCUCCUGCCUUAGCUGCUCCCUUUGAGAGAUGGUCCCAGAGGGAACAAAGCAUCAGAGGGACAUGAAUAGACAGAUCAUAUACUAGGCCCUUGGAGAUUGCCACUUGCACAAUCAUUUACAAUCAGUCCUUUUAGUAUAUGCACAUGUCUUAGCUUGUAGGGCUUUAGGUUGAAAAAACCUGUCAUCACUAUCCCACACUUUCAGAGGGUCUGUUGCACAGCAUAUUUGGAUCCCUCCACAUUUGGCCCAAGAACACUAAAGAGCACUAAAGCAUCAGAACAGACCAGUCUUGCAUCUGACCAGAUCAGUUGAUCAGACAAGAUGCAGAAUCUGUUCAUCUACAUACUAGAUGGACAUAACCCUUAUUGAGUAUUAGCUAUCCAAGUCUAAACAUCUACAUGCAUUCACAAACAUAUCCUUACAUUUUAGGCAUCUUGAGAUAUAACUGAUCCUCACCACAUCUUAUUAUAUGAAGGACACAAGUGCAGAGUAUUUAUCAACUUAUGAUGAAGAGCCUGGCAGCCAUAUUUAUAUUUGUUAGAUUUUUUUUUAAGUAAGUCAGAUGAUUCUCCAGUAGUAGUGUUAUUUAUUUUCUAAUGUGAGGUAGGCCAAGGGCAAAAAAAAAAAAAAAAAGCAAAAAAUGCAUCCAAAACAUAUUGCUCUCUAAAAGUCAAGAGUUGUAGAAUCAAAAGGGAUGGACAAUUUAGUUUUUGGGGAGGAAUCAAUGAGAUGAAAAGCUUUUGACUGCACCUUGUUCAAGAAGGUUGAGUGAGUUCAAAAUCCUUACAUAUAUGCAUGAACAGUAUUCCUUUGCCCUUGCAAAGAGUAAGCAGCUGGGAGGAGAAAAGUAUUGGAUUGGUGGAAGCAAUACAGAAGAUCUAACUUUAUGGGAGCUCUUUUUAGUAAGAGAAGACGUAAGAUCUUUAGUGAAAAAUGGGCCACAUGUUUUUGAAGAAGAGGAGUUAGUUGUCUUGAAGGUUGUGUUGAAUGAAUAAGUGAAAGAAUUGAGUAUUCGAAGAUUUGAACAACAAGGUUAUCUCUCUCCCAUCAUGAAAUGUAAGAAGUUAGGCAUUCUUUGGCUUCUCUGUAUGAACUUUUGAAUUCCUGCAGAGUUGGGUGUCUGGCAAAUUCCACAAAGAAAUGCAUGGUAGUUAUCAAUAUAAGAAUGGAUAGGACAAGAUGUUUGAGAAGACCACUUAUGAAUAAUAGGAGCCCUGUCAAACACUACUGUUAAUAUCUAGUUUUUAGGAGAAUAACAAUGACUGUCUAGCACCACAGCUAAAGACCAGCCAGAUAGGAAAUCUCAGAUAAAGAUGCUGAGAGAUGAAUACAAACCAUAUAGCAACAAGUCAUGCAUGCAGUUUCUCUCUCUCUCUCUCUCUCUCUCUCUCUCUCUCUCUCUCUCUCUCUCUCUCUCUCUCUCUCUCUCUCUCUCUCUCUCUCUCUCUCUCUCUCUC